AAUGGGAAGAGGGCGUGCACCAUGCUGCGACAAAACCAAGGUCAAGACCGGAGCAUGGAGCCCUGAAGAAGACUUUCGUCUCGUCUCUUUCAUUCAUAAACAUGGCCAUCCCAAUUGGCGUGCCCUUCCUUCCCAAGCUGGGUUGUUGAGAUGCGGUAAGAGUUGUAGGUUAAGAUGGAUUAAUUACUUAAGACCAACCGUAAAGAGAGGAAACUUUACCCAAGAAGAAGAGGAAAUCGUAAUUAAGCUACAUCAAUCACUCGGAAACAAGUGGUCGAAGAUUGCGUCAUGUUUACCGGGUAGAACAGAUAACGAGAUAAAGAACAUAUGGAACACUCACUUGAAGAAGAAACUAUCGUGGAAAAAAGACUCCUUGUCUCCUUCUUCUUCUUUUUCAUCUACAUCUUCUUCGAUUACAACUACUAACUAUCUUCGUGAAGACAUGAUCAAGAAUCAAAGUUUAACCCAUUCUUGUUCGUUUUCAUCUUCAAAUAAUGAUGUGGGUCCGAAAUUAGGAGGGGAAGAAUUAGUAAUUGAUCAUGAAUUCAAGGAGUGGUUGAGAAACUUGGAAAAUGAACUUGGACUAGAUGAUGAUCAUGAUCAUGAUCUAUCAAUUGAUCAAGAUGAUUGUGGCUUGGUCCAAGUCCAAGUCCAAAAGAUGGACCAAAUAAUUAAUGAAGAAGAUUUAGAUAAUAAUAAUAAUAUUGAUUAUAACAAGAUCAAUAUAUCUUCUAUCUCAUCUUGGCAAGUGCUGUUUUCAAGCCUGCCCCACUAA